UCCAACCCAACGCACAAGAAAGAAAAAAAAAAAAAAAAAAAAAAAAAAAAAGGAAGUAAACGAUCCCCAAGCCCCGAGGAACAUCCUAGGUUUUUCCCCAUCCUAACACCUACUGUUUUUCUCUCACCCUCUCUCAAGGAGCUUCAACAUUUCCAACUUCCAAAGUCCCAAGUUUCCAACCCACAACACCACAGAGACAAAACGAGGAAUGGAAGCUCCUUUAAACGAAAACCACCCCCUUUCCCAUAUAACCAAUCAUAAAUUCCACAUUCAAUGAAAACUGGCGCUCUUCAAGAUUUUAUGGGGGAAGAGUGUUAACGGACGUCUUUUCUUUCUCCAACGCCUUUGGCAUUUAUACGACCAUUAAGUGUCACGUAUGCUACUCACAUGGUAAUAGAAAUCCUUGCAUUUUUUUAUUAAUCUUCUCUAGUCUCUCUCAUCUUACAUGUUACAUGUUAUACCCAUUUAUGCCAAGAACACGUUAUAUUUGGAAACUUCUCUCCCUAACUUGGAAAUUUCUCCUUGAGAGAUUUUCUUUUGCUUCGGCUUAAAAAAGGAGUUGUUUAUGGCAUGUACCCAUUUGGUAAAGAAUUCAAAGUCUUCUCCUUUAUCGCUGCCUUGAUGGUUUGAUGAUGCGGUACGGACUUCCAUUGCUGCACAACUUCAAAUACUUGGAUUGCAAAAAAAAAAAAAAGAAACAAGCUUUGGUUCAUCUUUUUUGUUAUGAGAAUCUGGAUUUGUCAGUGGAUGUGAUUUUGAUGCGAACAGGGUGUUUUUGUGUUCGAGAUUCUGCAUAUAGUAUUACCCCAAAGGUGGAAACUUUGGUAAAGAAUCGUAAUUAAGAUGGCAAUUGAAGAAGGCAAAGAUCCUGGCAUUGCUUCUAGAACCAACCAAUCGAGGGUCUUUCCCAUGAGAUUCAUUCAGUUUUCGGUUCUGUGUUUGUGCCUGAUUCUUGGGGUUUCGGUUUUUAGCUUGUAUACGAUUCGGUACUUUAAGGUUCAAAAUGUGGCUCCAGUAUCACAGUCCAAAAUCUUGCCUUGUUUUCAAGAAACAAGUAAUAUAGAAACUUGGAUCAGACCUCCUUCGACCUUGUUGCACACCAUGAAUGACACGGAGCUAUUAUGGAGGGCUUCAUUUGCUCCUCGUAGAAAGAAUUACCCGUUUAAAAGAGUUCCCAAGAUUGCUUUCAUGUUCUUGACAAAGGGCCCAUUGCCAAUGGCACCUCUUUGGGAGCGCUUCUUCAAGGGCCACGAGAGUCUUUACUCGAUCUACAUCCAUUCAUUGCCCACUUACACUGCCGAUUUUCCACCUUCUUCGGUGUUCUACAGCAGACAAAUCCCAAGUCAGAUAGCAGAGUGGGGAAGGAUGAGUAUGUGUGAUGCUGAGAGGAGACUUCUAGCUAAUGCAUUACUUGACAUCUCAAAUGAAUGGUUCAUCCUCCUUUCAGAGGCAUGCAUUCCUCUUGCCAACUUCAGCGUUGUCUAUCGCUAUAUUUCGAGAUCUCGAUACAGCUUUAUGGGAUCAUUUGAUGAACCUGGACCCUAUGGAAGAGGACGCUACAAUGGAAAUAUGGCACCUGAGGUCAACCUCACUGAUUGGCGUAAAGGGUCUCAGUGGUUUGAGGUUAAUCGACAACUUGCAAUUAAGAUUAUUGAAGAUACUACCUACUACCCCAAGUUCAGAGAAUUCUGCACACCAUCAUGUUACGUGGAUGAGCACUAUUUCCAAACAAUGCUUAGCAUUGAAACCCCGCAACUUUUGGCAAAUAGGAGCCUUACUUAUGUGGACUGGUCAAGAGGUGGUGCUCACCCGGCAACAUUUGGGCAGGCAGAUAUCAGUGAGGAUUUCAUCAAGAAGAUUUCUGGAAGUAAAACAUGCCUUUACAAUGACCAAGAAACUACAGUUUGUUUCCUCUUUGCCAGAAAGUUUGCUCCAAGCGCUUUGCCUCCUCUAUUAGAAAUAGCAUCCAGAGCUCUAGGCUUUUGAUGACAACAUAAUUUCUGAUCCAUAUUCGGGAAAUUUCUGUUCUGAUCAUGUGAGAUUUUCGUACUAGCUAAACCAGAAUUUGUCAGUUGUAGUUGAUCUCUAUUCACCCUUUCGUUCACGGGUCUUUUGAAACAUCAAUGUUUGCGCAUCAAGCAUACAAGCUUAGAACCUAAAUUUUGUAGCCUAGAAAAAGUUUGUGGUAUAAUAAACUACCCUAUUCUUAUCUGGAUCUCACUGAACCAAAUGUGAUAUUACUGUUGACAUAUUUGUUAUAAACCGUAAAACCUGCCAUCGGUAGGGAAGUUUUUCCUUCUAUAUUAAGAAGUUUAAGGGGGAGUUUCUUA